AUGUCGAGCGCAAGUUUUGGUUGGAUCUGCUUAUUACUUAUUGUUUUUGUACCAGUAAUUGAUGGGCAAUUAACACGUUUUACUGGAGGUGUAAACGGUGGUUCUGACUGUGCAACAUGUUCAAUUGUUUUAGGUCUUAUUGACAAACUUUCUAUUGUUUAUAAUACAAGUGUUGUAAAUACACUAGAAAGAUUUUGCAACCUUUUACCAGGUCAAUACAAAUUAUAUUGUAAAGCAGCUGUAGACUUUUUAGGUCCUUAUAUUGUUGAUGCUUUUAUCAAAGGAGAUAAUCCUGAUGUUAUUUGCCAUUCAUUAAAAAUUUGUCAUGAUACUGCUGGUCAACCAAAAUGCCGUAUAUAUCCACAAGAUCCGUCUAUUUCAGUACCUCAACGAGCUUUAGAUCUUCUACGACGACAUCCAUACAUAAAUGCUCACUUCAAAGACAAUCCAAAAAUUUGCGAUUUUCCUGGUAUUAAAGAAAUUUGUAAAAUACUUGACAAUGUUUUUAAUAACCAUAUACCUUUGGUCGAUCUUGAUCAUGAUAAAUUCGGUGAAGAAGUAACACUUCGUGGUAGUUCAUGGCGAGGAAAAGAUUGUAAUGAUGCUUCAGCAAGUGUUCAUCCAGGUGCUCAUGUUGUAAACAGUGAUGUUACUGUUGAUCAUAAUUGUAAUGGUAUACUCGGUAUGGAUUCAACAAGUGGACGAGCAUAUGAAGAUGAAUUUUGUAAUGAUACACGACGUUUGGGAAUAGCUGUUUUAGGUGAUUCAAUAUCAGCACAUUUUCAUAUUCCUGAACAAUGGAUGGAUGCUCGAGAAUUUUCAGUUGCUGCAUUUGAACAUUUACCAUUUAUUCUUGAAAAUGAACUUGAUUGGCCACAGAUGUCAGCUACUACAGGUCAUGUGAAUGUUAGUUGGCCCAAUAUAGAAGGAGAUACUCGAUCACUUUAUCUUCGUCUUUUUGAUUUGGAUCAUUGUAAUCAUCGUGAUUAUCAAAAUAUUGCUGUAAAUGGUGCUCGCAGUGGUUCUAUGCUUGAUAUUAUGAAAGCCUUAGCACUUGGUAAUGAUGUUUGCAAUGGUCAUCCAGAUACAAUUGAUCAUAUGACUACAGUUGAGGAAAUGUAUAAAAAUGUAUUCACUACACUUACUUAUCUGGAUACAGUUUUACCAAAAGGUAGUCAUGUAGUUACAACUGGUUUGGCUAAUGGUAGUAUGUUAUAUGAUUUACUUCAUAAUCAUAUUCAUCCAUUUGGUCGUGUUGGUGUACCACUUACUUAUCCACAAAUGUAUGAUUAUUUAUCUUGUCUACAAAUUUCACCAUGUAAUGGAUGGCUUACAUCAAAUGCUACACUUCGUGAUUUAACUACACAACGAGCUGUUGAUUUAUCUGGAGCUGUACGAAAUGCUUCAUUUACUUAUCAACCACGUAAUUAUGAUAUUGAUUAUCUUGACUUUCCAUUUGAUGCAGUUAUUCAAGAAUGGGUUGCACAAGGUGGUCAACCAUGGCAAAUAGUUGAAAGUAUUGAUGGUUUUCAUAUUAAUCAAUAUGGUCAUGCACUUGUAUCCGAUGUUCUUUGGGCAUGGUUACAAAAACAACAUCCACAAUGGUUACCACCUAUGAAUCCACACAAUGCAGACAUUGAACGUGUGUUUAAAGAUCAAGGUGGAUAUUAA